CCUUCCCUGUCAUAUUCGACGGCGACAGGACAUAACAAGGAGAUAACCAUUUUCCCGAAGAACAAUCCGAAGGAAUUCAACCACAACAAUUCUCGCAUAAUAUAAAAGUUUAAAAUAAAUAAUAGAGUGUCAGUGUUCCUGAUCGUUAAUCGCAGGUCGAUAUGGAGAGAAAUAUUGAACGGACUCUAGAAGACGCGAAAAAUGUACCUGGAGUGACUGGAUGUAUUCUGACCGACAAAGGAGGUCUUUGUCUGGCGACUACGGGGAAUAUUUCUGGUGAUAGUGCUGGUCUGAUAGCAGCAAUCGCCAGUCAAGCAGCCAAGUUGGAGCCCGAAAUGGAGGCCCCAAUUAUCUGCCUGCAAAACAACUCGAGGCAAUGUCUCAUUCAGCGUCAAGGUCCCGUAGUUGGUGCUAUUUUCAAGGACACGUCACAAUGAAAAUCAGUGUAUCUUCUCGAAUUAUCCAAUUUUACGAUGGAUUUUUAAUUUACUGUCUUUUUUCAAUUGGAUACGAGAAAUUGAUAGAACUGUGACGACGAUGAUGUGAAACGAUUGGAGAACCGUUGGCUAUACGUCCGACGAGUGGAGUACGAGCGGAGUUUCUAUAUCUGUAUAUAUGUUGAAUAAUAUCUAGAAUAAUCACUAUUGAAAACUUUUGAUUAAGUGUAAAGAAAAAAUAAAAAUUAAUUCCUUUAUUUUUAUUCAUGAAUACAAGAA